ACAUAGCCGUAUCGUGUGCGAGGUUAUCGCGGAAACAUACUUUCCUUGAAUUGUAACAUCGGAUACCGAACCACAGUUCUGGUAGACAGUUCGUUAAAUUUAUAUGUUCAAACACAGCAGAGAAGCGACGUCGUUUGUGGAAUGGUUCAAUUCAAGGGCGGUUCUCAGAGCGCGCUCGCUCCGUCGUUUAUAAGUCAAGUGGCUAACACUUUUUCACAACUGAAUUUUGGAAGCCAAAAUCGAAGAUUGAAACCCUAAAUUGCUGAGUCUGCAAGGAAGCGAUACUAACAGCGUGAUCACUUAGCUUGCUGAAGAUCAAAUAUGUUCUCAAUUGCAGCUAUCAAUGACACUGACUCCAAAAGUCAGUGGGAACCACUAGCCCCCACGAAAGAAGCCCAGGAAUUUCAUCUUUCUCAAACUUACCAUGAAGGGCUUCUCAAGUUACAAACAAAAGAAUACGAGAAGGCUCGCGAGCUCUUAGAAUCUGUCCUUAAAGACCCUCUUAUUGCUAAUGCUCAGGUGGAUAGCAGUGCCAGUGAUGGUCAUCUAUUGCAACUCAGAUUUUUGGCAUUGAAAAACCUUGCUGCUGUUUUUCUUCAGCAAGGCUCUACAUAUUAUGAGAAUGCUCUACGAUGUUAUCUUCAAGCUGUGGAAAUCGAUUCUAAAGACUCUGUUGUCUGGAACCGGCUGGGAACUUUGUCGUGCUCAAUGGGCUCGUUGAGUAUUUCACGUUGGGCAUUUGAGCAAGGCCUCUUGUGUAGCCCUAAUAAUUGGAAUUGCAUGGAGAAGCUUUUGGAAGUUCUUAUUGCAAUUGGUGAUGAGGUUGCUUGCCUUUCUGUCGCUGAGUUGAUUUUGAGGCACUGGCCAUCACAUUCUCGUGCUUUGCAUGUUAGAAAUACCAUCGAAGAUUCAGAGCCUUUGCCAUUUGCUCCAAGAGGCAUAGACAAAUUGGAACCUAAACAUGUGCGGCUCAAAUUUCCUGACAAGAGAAAAGCUACAAAUGAGAAUGUAGGUGAGGAUGUUGCAUUCAAAAAGCUGAACCGGAAUAAAGAACUGCAUCUGACAGAAGUUUCCUGGGUGGCUUUUGCUGAUGCACUUAUAAAAAUCUUAUCACCAGAAAGUUCUGAGAUGGAUCCUGAAAAAACAUGUAGUUCUCCUGAUAUUAGGCUAAGCAUAAUUUUACCUUGUAGCUCAGAAGCUGUUAUGAACACCGUGGAAAUGAAAGGGUCCAAUGUUGAAAAUAGUGUUUUUGGUGAUGGUAACAUAGAUCGAUCAAGUGCUUUUAAAGAGAAAGAAGCAAUUAUACAAGAAGAACAACCACAUGAAAGGCGAAGUUCUCGACUUGAAAGGCUACGGAGUCGCAAACCAGGAAAAGAAGAAUCUGAUUCUUCUUAUGGCAAGGACCCUGCCAAGGUUGUCAUUCAGUAUCUAGAGCCAUUUAUUGCUGGUGAAUUGGGGGGUCAAGAUACAAUUGAUAGAGAUACCUCGGCACUAUCCAGUUUAGGAAAUUCUGAAUAUCAUAAUGUUUCUGCAUUUUUAAGAGAAACUUCAAGCAAUUAUGGUGCUUAUCAUAUGGGGCACUUGCUUUUAGAAGAGGUUGCAAGACAAGGUCUCAAAUAUCAGGAUGCUUUUGUCAAAUUUCUGGAGUUGGAAAAGUUGACAAGGCAUUGGGGGAAGGAGAGAACUGCUGAAUGCAAUAUUUUUCUUGCUGAGCUGCAUUAUGACUUUGGAUCAUGCUCCUCCUCCAGUUCUAAACAGUUAGAAUUUAUUUCUGAGACAUCUUAUCAUCUUUGUAAGAUCAUUGAAUCAGUAGCUUUAGAUUAUCCUUUGCACUUGACUCAUGCCUUGAAUGAAGGUUGUUCUUUGAUAGAUAGUGUCCAAGAGACCAGUGGAAAAACAAUAAAUACCUCCACUGAGAGAAAUUCAAAUAUAGACAACUCACUUCUGAUGAAAAAUAGUUCCCUCUGGGCUCGAUUCUUCUGGCUAAGUGGGAGAUUGUCUAUUGUUGAUGGCAACAGGGCAAAAGCUUGUGAAGAGUUUUGUAUUGCUUUGUCACUUUUGGGAAAGAGAGAAAAUAUGGAAGAUUCUCUAUGUUCGGUCCCCCGCCCACAUUGCAAGGCUGUAAAAGAGCUAAAUUUUGAUAGAGUUCUUGAUGAAAUUAAUAUAUUAAAGGUCAAUUUCUUGAUGGAAAAAUCUGUCAUUAAGAUGAUGGAACAAGAGAAGUUUUUGGAGUGUGUAUCCCUCCUUUCUCCACUUCUGUUAUCCACACAUGAUGUCUACCCUGAUUCAUUCUCUUUGUCCAUGACAGAUAAAAAAGAUGAAAAGACAACUUCCACUGAACUCAUGGCUGUAGAUGUUCUAAUAGAAGCAUGUCAAAAGACAAGACCAAUGAAUGUAGAGAUGUAUUUCAAUUGUCAUUACAGAAAGCUGAAAAUACUUAUGGGAAUGAUGGGUUUGAGUACAUGUAUUACAUCAUUUAAAUCUUCUGAUCAUGCACCUGGUUUAAGUGCAUCUCCUAAUUUUGAUAUUGAUUCAAAGGAAAGUUCUAGCAAGCACUGUAGUCACUUGGUUGUGGAGGAAGUGAAGGCACUCUCUGACUGCAUCUCACAAGUCAAAAAGGUUAUUGACCAUCAUGGAGAUUCUGUAAGCAAUGCCAUUCUGGUAGUCUUGGAGUCUAAGGAUAGCCUUAACGUUCCAACAAGCAGCAUUUGUCAAAUGCAGUCUCUGCUAUUGUUAAUCAUGAGUUAUGUUGCGAACAUACUUGUCUGCAACAAUGCCUCAGCACAAUUAAUUUCUGAUCAAGUUGAAAGCAGCUGUUUUAUUGAUGCAGCCAUUGUUUUCUGCAAACUCCAGCAUCUUAUCCCGACUACACCUAUCAAAACCCAAGUUGAUUUAAUUGUUGCAACACAUGACUUGCUUGCUGAAUAUGGGCUUUGCUGUGUGGGGGGAGGUGGCAAAGGUGAAGAAGGAACAUUUCUUAGAUUUGCGAUAAAGCAUCUCUUGGCCUUGGAUAUGAAGCUUAAAUCCAGCUCUAACCAUAAAGAGUCAAUGCGAUCUGAAGAAGUGUCCAAAAACAGUAUUGUCAAUGUGUCUGUUGAAGAAUCAAAAUCAGAUACAUUAGACAUCCAGAUGGAUUGGACCAAAAUUGAUGAAAUUAAUUCACUUAAAAAGGAUGUUUCUGAAGGAAUAAUAUCCAAAGGCAUUUCAUCUUAUAGAGUUCAUGAUAAAGACAGUAAGGAAGUAGAGUGUGAAACUCAUGGAGGUGCUGUCACUGAUAGUAAGUUCAUUGAAGGUGGAAAUGAACUAUCUGAAGAUGAAUGGGAGGAACUUGAGUCUAAAAUUGAUUGUGCCUUAGAUCAGUGCUUUUUCUGCUUAUAUGGAUUACAUCUAAGAUCUGAUUCAUCUUAUGAGGAUGAUCUAGUGAUGCACAAAAACACAAGCCGAGGAGAUUAUCAAACUAAGGAACAAUGUGCUGAUGUUUUCAAGUAUGUUCUUCCCUAUGCAAAGUCAUCUUCUAGAACUGGACUGGUCAAACUUCGUAGAGUUUUAAGGGCUAUUAGGAAGCACUUUCUGCAACCACCAGAGGAUCUCUUGCCAGGAAACCCUAUAGAUAAGUUCCUAGAUGAUCCUAAUCUAUGUGAAGAUAAACUCUCAGAGGAGGCUGGGUCUGAUGAAUUUUUCAAAUCUAUUACUAAGAUCAUGUUUCCUGAUGUGGGUGGCCUUGCUCAGUUUAAUGCAACAUUAUUGAGGAGGUCUGAGCCAUAUUUGGAGGUCUACUGUAACUUGUAUUAUUUCUCGGCUCUGUCUGAAGAGAUGAGUGCAACAGAUAAGUGGCCUGGAUUUGUGCUAACCAAGGAAGGGGAAGAAUUUGUUGAACAAAAUGCGAAGCUCUUCAAAUAUGAUCUCAUGUACAAUCCUCUGCGCUUUGAAAGCUGGCAGAGACUUGGAAAUAUUUAUGAUGAGGAAGUAGAUUUGUUGCUAAAUGAUGGCAGCAAGCACGUUAAUGUAGUAGGGUGGAGGAAGAAUGCUACUUUAUCUGAGAGAGUGGAAACAAGCCGAAGGAGGAGUAGACGGUGCCUACUAAUGAGUUUAGCGCUGGCAAAGACAUCUGCUCAGCAGUGUGAGAUACAUGAGUUAUUGGCAUUGGUGUACUACGACAGUCUUCAAAAUGUAGUCCCAUUUUAUGAUCAGAGAUCUGUUUUGCCCUUAAAGGAUGCGGCGUGGAUGAUGUUUUGUGAGAACUCAAUGAAACAUUUUAAGAAAGCCUUCACACUUAAGCAAGAUUGGUUGCAUGCCUUUUACUUGGGUAAACUCAGUGAAAAACUUGGAUAUUCACUUGAAAUUGCAUUAUCAUAUUACAAUAAAGCUAUUGCUUUGAACACAUGUGCUGUUGAUCCAGUCUAUAGGAUGCAUGCCUCACGCUUGAAAUUAUUAUUUAAGUGUGGAAAGCAGAAUUUGGAGAUUUUGAAGGUUCUCUCAGCAAACUCCUUUAAUCAAUCUGUAAAUGAAGCUGUCACAAGUAUCCUUGGUGGUAUAGAUAGUUCAUAUUUAGAUAUAAAGGAGAGAGGUAUUCAUGCCAAUUUUGUUGAAACAAAGCAUGAAGAGUUGCUCAAAUUGGAUACAGUAUGGUCUAUGCUUUACAAUGAUUGCCUUUCUGCUCUUGAAACUUGUGUUGAGGGUGAUCUCAAACAUUUUCAUAAGGCCAGAUACAUGCUGGCUCAAGGGCUGUACAAAAGAGGUGAGAGUGGUGAUAUAGAGAGGGCAAAAGAUCAUCUAUCUUUCUGCUUCAAAUCUUCACGCUCAUCAUUUACAAUAAAUAUGUGGGAAAUUGAUAGCAUGGUAAAAAAAGGAAGGCGCAAGACACCAGGUUCUGCUGGGAUCAAAAAAGCCCUUGAGGUUAACUUGCCAGAAAGUUCUCGAAAAUUUAUUACAUGCAUACGAAAGUAUUUGCUGUUUUAUCUCAAACUAUUGGAGGAGACUGGAGAUAGAUGUAUUCUUGAACGUUCGUAUGUUUCUCUUCGGGCAGAUAAACGGUUUUCAUUAUGCAUUGAAGAUCUUAUACCGGUGGCUAUCGGAAGGUAUCUAAAGGUCCUGAUAUCAACUAUGUGCCAUUCUCAGACUGCUGCCUCUAAUUCAAUGAGCAGUUCUGACAAUGUGCUGGAGAGAAUGUUUACAUUGUUCAUGGAGCAAGGGAGCUUAUGGCCAGAAAUAUGCAGCUUGCCUGAAAUUGAAAGCCCAGACAUGUCAGAGAAUAUGAUAUAUGGUUAUCUUCAUGAAUAUAUUGUAUUAUUGGAGAAAAAUGGAAAACUGGAAACUCUUGAAGCAAUAAAUGAGAAGAUACGGAAGCGUUCUAAGAAUCCGAAGUUCUCAGAUAGUAAUUGUGCAAAAGUUGGCAGGCAUGCUUCUGCUGCUUGGUGCCGAUCUCUUGUAUACAAUUUGGCACAAAUAACUCCGUUAUCAUGCGGAUUCUCAAAUGGGAUUCAGCUCCUUAAUUUGACUGAUGGUGGGAUAGAUAAUAGCCAGUUGCUCUGUAUUGAUUUGCAGCCAAAUGAAUUAUGGAGUACAGCUUUUGAAGAUCCAACUCAUUUGGAAAAGAUUGAAACAAAAUGGAGCCCCGUGUUAGAAAAAAUAAAAAAUAUAAUAAUCAAGAAAGCUUCUGAUGAGAAUUUGGAAACUGCAAACACUUUGCUCAGAGCUUGCUACAAUUUUUACCGGGAGAGUUCUUCUGUUAUGCUUACCUCUGGACUCAACUUUUAUUUGAUUCAAUCUCAAUUAGUAACACAGACACCAUUCAACCCAAAUACAGCUGGGACUGAAGCACUUGAGCUGAGCAUACCAAGGAAGCUUCUCUUGUGGGCCUAUGUACUAUCGCAUGGACGUUGUGCAAAUAUCUCAAUUGUUGUAAAGCAUUGUGAAGAAAUUUCAAAGUCAAAGAUGAAAAGAGGAAGUGGAGCAUCACCUGGGUUAUCAAACACGUCUCCUGCCCCUAGUCUUAUAGGUAGCGGUAAAAACGGACCAAAUUCUGCUGGAGGCAUUGACGUUGAUUCUACCCAUGUCACAACAGUGGGGUGUGGUUCAUUUUCUAGCAGCGGCAAUACCUCUAAUCUUGUGAAUUCACUUCCCUCCGAUGACAUUCAAAAGAAUCUCUUUGCUUCUCCCCAGUUGCAUCAAUGCACCACUAACGAUGCAGAAAGAAGCAAUUUGAUGGCACAUGAAAGAGAUACUACAGAAGGAGAUUGACUAUUUGAUUAUUCAAGUGCCGCUUCACAGUAUAUCUUGAAGAUGGAAUAUGAUAUACGUGCACUACUAGUAAAUUCCAUUUUAGUGAUGAAAAAUGUAAAUAGUAGGGUUCUCUUUUAGACCAAUAAGACAUUUAUUGGUUUCACCGCAUGAUGGCUACGCAUAGUACCUUGAAAUUGUAAUCUCUUGUCCGUCUUUUCAUUUCGAGAGGUGAUCAAUUUAAACACAAUUUAACGCUGAUAUUUUUUUGAAUUAGAACUAUUCCAGAUUGGUCGGAUAUGCUCUUAAAACUUUCAAAAAUUAUUUCACAAUUGCAA